AUGGCCUCAGCAGGGGCCCAGAGGCAUCCUGAAGCCCAGAAUGGGAAGGCAGUAGGAUUAGCCCAGGUUGCAGAGAUCCCUGAGUGUCUAGGACCAGGAGAAAAGUGUCUGGUGCCAGCACGUGAGACCUGCAGACCCCCAGGUGAAGACAAGUGUUCAGUAGGACAGAGUUUCGAGCUGGAGCUCCAGGAGGAAGGAAUAAACCGAGGAGAGGAAGGACUCAAUCUAGGGGUGGGAGCAGGAGAGGAGAGAGGACCCAAGCCUGCAUCGUCCAUCGUGAGGCCCAGUCAUGGAACCAAGAGAAAGGCUGAAGCUGAACUGCCACCCGGGAUGCUGCUGCAGAAGGAGGAGCCAGAGGGCAGCCACAGUGAGUCUUCACUGCCUGCUAAACAGCACAAGAAAGCCAAGAAGCGCAAGAGCGUAGGGGCUCCUGUGCCCCCAGCUGUAGCCAGUACAUCUGCACCCACGGAGAUGCUGGGGCUGGAGCUCUUUGCCCUGCCUUGGGUUCUUGCAGGAAAAGCCCAGCGCCUGCGGCCACUGUACCAAUAUAUCAACUAUUGCAACCCCGAGCUGAAUCAGGCAGGGGACGGCGACGGAGAGCCAGAGGUGGAGCCCGAGUCGGAGUUAGCCCCGGCUCCUGAGGAGGCAGGUGUGGAACAGCUGCACUUGCGGGCCUUGGUGCCUGUGGCAGGUGAGCUGGGCUUAGGCCUCGCUUUACCCUGCCCUAACGCAUUAGUGCCUCUCACGCACACCCUUCCUUCUCUAGGGCAGGAGGUUGGAGGGGAGCCUGGGGGGUUGUCCAGUCUGAGGGUGAGUAGCAGCCUCAAGGCUGAGGUGGAUAAGACAACCCAAGUGGAUAUUGACAAGAUGUUGAGUGUCUGUGCUGCCCCUCUUGUGCCCCCACUCUCCCCUCAGUACAAGUGACAUGUCUC